UGAUCUCUGAAAUGGUGACCUGAAACGACCGGUGAGAGUUCUCUUUUAUGCAUUCUUCUCUUCUAAGAUUCAGAUGGAAAUUAUAAGAUUGGAUAUCAAAUAUUGAACAUUUCUCGUCAUCUACCAUAUACUUCCCUAUUCCUGGAAUCAUCCCGUUCGAGUGGUGUGGGUUGAACCGUCACGUGGCUACCGACCAUGAACUUCACAGACCUGGCACCACAGCUCAAACUCCCAAGGCUCAGACGUUCCAAAGACAACAGAUCUCAGAUCAAAUCUCAGAUCCAUAUCAUUCGGCUUCAUACCAGGCUUUGCGAGGGAAUACUAGCCGGAUAGAUCCUUCCCGUGACUCGUCACUUUAACCUUAUUCCCCUCGAAUCUCGACCCCACUUCUGGAAACACCCACUCCCUAGCGACGAAACAUUGCAAACAUCACAUCCAUCCCACCACCAUGCCUCCCAAACAUCCUCAACCCGCCUCACCCCAGAAACAAUUCACCAUCAACCCGCCCCUCCUCAACUCCGCCAACCCAUGGGCAACAACCGAAGCGGACCUCAAAGCUCUCUACGACUGCCCUUACACAGGCGCAGUCACCAUCAGAACUUCUCUCUGGAAAGCCUUCAACCAACACCCAUCAACCCACCAAUAUACCUUCUUCUCAUCCACACUCGGCCACGCCACAGCAAACAUCAACGUCGAUCUCCCGCACGGCAAAGGCGAAGGACGCGGGGAUGUCCUCCCCGACGAAACAAGCUCGCUGAACACCUUGGGGUACAGCCCAAUCGCAUUCGAGGAGUAUGUUGCCAUGCUCGUGCGCAUGAGUCGCGAGAGGACAUCAGCAUCAGCAUCAGCAUCAGCGUCAAAUUCAGCCUCACUACUACCGCAACAGCAAGCCAAAACGAAACAUUCCGAGUCGGAGGCGCUGGAUCUCACUACUACGGGUACGGCUCGUACGGGCGCUACUACCAACGCAAAGGCUAAAACGAAAACGAAAACAAAGACUAAAACUAAACCUUUCAUCGUCUCCGUCACUGGCUCGGCAGAGGAGGUUGCGAAAUGUUGCGAGCUCCUGCUUGAGGUCCUCAAUGAGCCGGAGAAGAAGUAUCCGCUUUCCGAUGCGGAGGCUAAGGCAGACGCUGAGGCUGCCGAUAGGAAAGGUGAUGCAGUUUCGUCUGAUGUUGAGCGAGACCUGGAGCUAGAUCUGGAUCUAGAUCUCAUGAUGGAGAUCAACCUCUCCUGUCCCAAUAUCCCGGAUAAACCGCCUCCGGCGUAUGAUGGCGCCAGUCUAGCUGAGUACAUCACUGCCAUCGGGCUCGCGAAAUCGAGGGUCCCGAAGUCGUAUACUAGGGGAUUGCAUGUGGGGAUUAAGACUCCGCCGUAUACGUAUCAGGGACAGUUCCAGAUUCUGAUUGAUGCUCUUGAACGCUCGUCUUCCUCCUUAUCUUCUUCUGAGCUGGAUAGAGGUGAAGGAAGAGAGGGAAAUGAAUGUCCCAUCUCAUUCAUCACCGCGACCAACACCCUCGGCUCCUGCCUCGUCCUCAACCAGAAUCUCAACCCAGCUCUCGGUUCUGCCACCGGCGCGGGGAUCGGCGGUCUAGCGGGUGAUGCGCUGCAUCCUAUUGCGUUGGGGAAUGUGAAGACGAUAAGGACCUUGCUGGAUGCUUCGACAAGGGAGGAUGUUAGGAGGAUUGCGAUUAUUGGCGUUGGGGGAGUGAGGGAUAAAGAGGGGUUUAGCAGGAUGAGAGCUGUUGGUGCGGAGGCGGUGGGUGUGGGGACUGCGUUGGGGAGGGAGGGGGUGGGUGUUUUUGAGGGGAUUGCGAGGGGUUUUGAGGGUUGAGGAGGGGUGGAGAGGAGGAUAUGUGUGGGGGAGUUUUGGUGAGUCUGUUUGUUGAUAGAUAGAUAGAUAGGAAUUCGGUGUAUUGUUAGAAGGUGAGUAGAAGUGAUCCACGCGCAGAGGUAUGAAGAAGGGAGGGGAAAGUGAAAGACAACUCGAUGUUUAUGCGCUAAUCCUCAAUGGAAGUACCUGAGCGCAUCUGCUCUGCCAUCUAUGCCCUUCGUUACUGCAUUUCGUUCCUAUCUUCACACCCUGAUUUGUUCCACAGAUAUUCAAUCCAACUUUCUUCUUUCCAAGCGAAGUCGGCAGAACUCCCUUCAGCCACUCUUCUCCAAAUCGCACUUUCACUGCCAUCCUUUCAUUACCUCGUUCGUUCUCAUGGAUCGAUAAACUCUCAC